AAUAUUAAUGGCGGAAUUAUAAAAAAACACCGAAGGUUCAUCUAGCCGGUUGCGCUGUUCGAGACAUAUUUGUUGGUUAAGCGAAUAGCUUGUUGUGAAAUAAAUGCUUUAAUAUUUUUGUUCCUAGCUACAGUAGUAAUUGACGUGCUAAUUCCCGCUUGGAAAGCCGUUUUGAUUGCUGAUUUAUUAGCAAACUGACCUACCUAGUAAGGCGUUGGUUGGCUAGUAUAGUUUAAGUUAGUUCCAAGGUAACGUUAGGUACCUAGCUAAUGAUAGCUGUCUAACUUCAUACACAAUUUUGGCAGAAAUGGCAGACAACAAUACAGAACAAGCAGCUGAAAUGAAGCAGGACAAUCAUGCGUCCAGUGGGAGUACAGACCAAGAGAAAGAACUGGCAGUUAACGCGUUUGAUGCUUUUUCGUCUGGAAACUACGACGACUCGGUGAAGCACCUCGAAGCCCUACAAGAGUUAAACAAGGAAGAUUAUAAAAUAGCAAUGAACAAGGCCAUAGGAGAAUUUUACAAAAGCGGCCAAACAACCACGGACACCUUAAAACAGACACUCCUAGCAAUGAAAAACCAGGUUCAUACAGCUGUUGAAGACAUUGAUGGUUUGGAUGAUGUUGAAAACAGCAUCCUUUACUACAAUCAAGCGAUCGUACACUACCACCUGAGGCAAUACUCAGAGGCAAUUGUGAUUGGAGAAAAGCUAUACCAGUUCUUGGAACCUUUUGAAGAGAAGUUUGCUCAGGCAGUGUGCCUCCUGCUGGUGGAUCUGUAUCUGCUCACCUUCCAGCCGGAAAAGGCUCUCCAUCUUCUGGCUGUGCUGGAGAAACUCACCGUUCAGGGGAACAACAAGAAUGGCAAGACGGAGGCUGCAAACAGCAGUAACAAAGAUGGUGGCAACCAGAAGGCUGACUGCACAGCUGUGAUUGAAGCUGCAAAGUCAAAAAUGCAUCAGUAUAAAGUCCGAGCCUACAUCCAGAUGAAGUCACUGAAGGCGUGUAAGAGGGAGAUCAAGUCUGUGAUGAACACAGCAGGAACUUCCGCUCCGUCCCUCUUCCUGAAGAGUAACUUUGAAUAUCUCAGAGGAAACUACAGGAAAGCUGUGAAACUGUUAAACAGCUCCAACAUCGCAGAGCACCCUGGAGCUCUGAAGACAGGGGAAUGUGUUCGCUGUAUGUUUUGGAACAACCUGGGCUGCAUACACUUUGCGAUGGGGAAGCACAAUCUGGGCAUUUUCUACUUUAAGAAGGCUCUGCAGGAAAAUGACCACACGUGUGCACAGAUCGGGCACGGUGGCAAUGGCCAGACAAAGUCAUUCUCUGGCGUCCCCAUGUGUGCCCUCUUGGCUAACAAGCGCUAUGAGCUGCUCUAUAACUGCGGGAUCCAGCUGCUGCAUCUAGGGCGCCCCCUGGCGGCAUUCGAGUGCCUGAUGGAGGCUGUGCAGGUGUACCACUCGAACCCGCGCCUGUGGCUGAGGCUGGCAGAGUGCUGCAUCUCUGCCAAUAGGGGGAGCUCGGAGCAGGAGACCAAAGGUCUGCCCAGUAAAAAGGGCAUAGUCCAGUCCAUCGUGGGUCAAGGCUACCAUCGCAAGAUUGUCCUGGCCUCUCAGUCCACACAGAACACAGUGUACAGUGACGGGCAGUCUGCGGCCAUCCCUGUGGCCAGUAUGGAGUUUGCUGCCAUCUGCCUGCGGAACGCGCUGCUCCUCUUGCCGGAGCUGCAGCAGGAGGCGAAGAGCGACUCCGGCUCCAAGAGCUCCAGCCUGUCCGGCAGCACGGAGAGCGGCAGCGAGAACAGCGAGGCCUGCAGUGGGAAAGGCUCUGACGGGGACAAGCUGAUUCCUGCCGCCCCUUCCUCCCCCCUCAGGAAGCAGGAAGUGGACAACCUGAGGUGCUCUAUCCUGGCCUGUAGUGCUUACGUAGCCCUGGCACUGGGAGACAACCUGAUGGCCCUCAACCACGCAGAGAAACUCCUUCACCAAAGCAAACUGUCCGGGUCCCUUAAGUUCCUGGGGCACCUGUACGCUGCCGAGGCGCUGAUCUCUCUGGACCGGAUCUCAGAUGCCAUCGCACACCUGAACCCAGAGAACGUGAGCGACGUGUCCCUGGGGGUGUCAUCCAGCGAGCUGGACCCAGGGUCUGACAAAGGGGACCUGGAGCCAGUGGAGUCCUCGGGGAAGCCGACCCCCGUGUGUUACCCCAGCACGGUGAGCUCUGCCCGCGCCAUGAUGCUGUUUAACCUGGGCAGUGCCUACUGCCUGAGGAGCGAGUACGAGAAGGCCCGCAAGUGUCUGCACCAGGCUGCUUCCAUGGUUCAGACGAAGGAAAUCCCCCCUGAAGCCAUAUUGCUGGGUGUGUACCUGGAGCUGCAGAACGGAAACACACCCUUAGCCCUGCAGAUCAUAAAGAGGAAUCAGCUCCUCCCCUGGGGAAAGUCGUCGUCUCCUGACGUGCGGAAGAAACCAGCCGCCUUCCAGCCCGUGCAGCCCAUCCAGAUGCCCUCGUCCUUCACGCAGGUUCAACGGAAAUGAUCCUGGACCAGCUCUCCCAACGACCAGUCCAGACCUCAGACAGGAUGUGUUGAAGGUGGAUACUGAUUCAGGAUCAGAGCUCCAUGGAAACAUUUAGCCAAACGCCACCAGUGUCCAGUGGCACCUUUUCCUCACACGUCACUUAACACCCAUCCCACUAAAAAGACAGAGAGGUUCUUCAGUGACCUCAGCUGCAUGGCAGAGGAUUGUGGUUUUUUCUUUGUUUUAAAUCCGGAAAAUUCCAGGAGGAGCAGGCCUUGCUCCUCCCACAGAUUGUAGUACUCCCCUCUCCCUGAGCUUUCUGGUGACUCAAAAUCAAAAAUAAAAAUUUAUUUACACAUAA